AUGCAGAACGUGGCAGGUACACUACCUACAGUAUAUCCCGAAGAAAACACAAUGAAGGUGAUUAACAGCAAAGAAUACGCAAAUCCGGAUGUAUGUUCAACGCGGAAAAUCGAUAUGAUUGUGGGAACUCAAGUGUUCUUUCGACUUCUAUGUAUUGGACAAAUUAGACCCGCAGGCACUGAUGCCAUUUGGCAAAAAACAGUUUUUGGUUGGAUUUUGUCAGGGCAUAUAACUUCUACAAACCCAAUGCACUGUUUGUCGGCGACAGCAAGCACACUCGAUCCAAUCCAAAGGCAAGUUCGAAAAUUCUGGGAGCUAGAAGAGGUUGUACGGUCGUCGCCAGUUCAAGGGUUUUCAACGGAAGAAAAAAGAUGUGAAGAACAUUUUCUAAACACCUAUCGGAGAGAGGAGAAUGGUCGAUUCACAUUAGAAUUACCGUUUAAAGAAAAUGUAAGGCAGCUGGGAGAAUCUCGAGUGAUGGCGGAAAAACGGUUUUAUACGAUGGAACAAAAAAUUGAUAAAUAUAAAUCGGGAGAUAUUUUGUAUUGGAGAUCAUUUUGA